CAGUUCUGGAGACGGCCAGCAAGAAAACGCACAUUACCAUGGUGCUCACGGUGGUCUGGAUAUGUAUUGUCCUGAUAUCAAUAACAUUAGCAGCAGCGUCUGACAUCAUCCCCUCAGUCAACAAUGUGACAGCACACAAAGUCACUAGGAUUAAAAGAUGUCCUCGGGAUGCCUUCAUGCCUUACUAUGCCAACAGCAACCCAUGGUGCUACCCACUCCCUGACUUGUGCUACAAUCCCUGUAUGAACCUGACACCAUACUAUACAUCGUCUGCAUCUGCGCCUCUUACUCCACCAGGGCCAACCAAUACCCCCUCCACUUGGUUCGUUAACAUUCCUCCAGUUGCAUACCACUAUCCCAGCGCCUUUUGGCCCACCAAUCCCCCAGUUACACGUAAUCACCCCAACACCAUUUGGCCCACCAUUCCCCCAGUUACACGUAAUCACCCCAACACCAUUUGGCCCACCAUUCCUCCAAUUACACACCACUAUCCCACCACCAUUUGGCCCACUGUUCCACCACUUACACGCCCCUAUCCUACCCCAACUUGGCCCACUGUUCCCCCAAUUACACGUUCCUAUCCUACUGCAACAUGGCCUACAUAUCCCCCAAUAACACAUCCCCCUCCCACCGCAAUACGACCCCCAAAGCCUACCGACCCAACACGACCAGUUUUUUAUCCAACAUUACCACGCACCAAACCUCCAUACAUACCAAUACAACCCACUAAUUAUCCAAAGCCAAUACGACCAACAUACGCUCCAGAAAGGCCUACAAAGCCAUUGACCAGGGCUCCAUAUACUCCAAAACCACCAACAAGACCGGUAAAUCCUACAGUAAUGUGGACUAGGCCACUGUAUACUAAACCAUUACCAACAAAACCUAGAAAGAUAAAACCAACCUACAGAUCACAGUGGUCGACAAAUCGGACAUCAAACUCAGUUUUCAGCACCAACGUCAAGCGAGGAUGCAACAAAAUAUGUUUGGGAAAAGAGAAGAUAUAUAACUGCUGCAAAGAUUCGGCCUUACUACCACCAGCUGCUGAUACCAGCGAGUGUCCAAGCCAGGUAACCCCGUGUCCAGGUUACUCAGAGGUCAACUUCUCCCCUCACAAGGUUGACAAGCGUGGUUGUAUGAUAGACAGUCAGUGCUGGCAAGGUGAGCGUUGCUGCUACAACCACUGUCUUCAGGAGUUCCUCUGUACCACUCUCACACACAACAACCAUCUUAACGACCAUCACAAGAGCCAGCUCGGCAACCAUCCUAACGACCACCACAAUAACCAUCUCAACAACCACAGCAGUCAUCUCAGUGACCGUCACAGUAACCAGCUCAACGACCACAACAACCAGCUCGGCAACCAUCUUAACGACCACCAUAACAGCCAGUUCGACAACGAUCUCAAGAACCACCACAGCAACCACCUAGACAACCAUCUUAAUGGCAACCACAACAACCAGCUAGACAACCAUCUUAAUGGCCACCACAACCAGCUAGACAACCAUUUUAAUGGCCACCACAACAACCAGCUAGACAACCAUCUUAAUGGCCACCACAACAACCAGCUAGACAACCAUCUUAAUGGCCACCACAACAACCAGCUAGACAACCAUCUUAAUGGCCACCACAACAACCAGCUAGACAACCAUCAUAAUGGCCACCACAACAACCAGCUAGACAACCAUCUUAAUGGCCACCACAACAACCAGCAAGACAGCCAUCUUAACGACCACCACAACAACCAGCUAGACAACCAUCUUAACGACCACCACAACAACCAGCUCGACAACCAUCUUAACGACAACCAUAACAGCCAGUUCGACAAUCAUCUCAACAAUCAGCUAGACAACCAUCUAGACGACCACAGCAGCCAGCUCGACAACAAUCUUAACGACCACCACCACAACCAUCUUAACGACCUCCACCACAAGAACCAGCUCGACAACCACAAGCCGCACCAUUACAACCAGCUCUCUAAGUCCUAUAACCAUCUAUACACCCACUAUUAUAAUACGUCAUUCUACAUAGCUUGAAUCUGUUAUUUAACACGAAAUACAGUUGAAAAUAUUAUAUAUAACGCACAAACCCGCCAGCCACAGCCAAAACUUUCAGCUAAUGUGAUUUGAUUUACUGUAACAUUUAUAAAUAACUAUGUAACUAUCGCAUCCAGUGAUCCAGCCUACAGUAGCUCGUUAAUAAAGUGAUUAUUGCA